CGAGGCGUGUAGUCACAAAAAAGAGUGUCUUGGAUCACUACACUAAAGAAAGUGAGAAAAAGAAAAGACGAAGAAAGAAAGAGACAGAGAGAGAGAGAAAAGGGAGAUUAAUAUGGGUUUAGAAGGAAAGAACCUCCAUGUGCUUGUACUUACAUACCCAACUCAAGGUCAUGUGAACCCAAUGCUCCAAUUUUGCAAGUCCUUAUCCUCCAAAGGAGUAGACACCACCGUCGCCGUAACCAAGUUCAUUUUCAACACUUUCAAACCUAAAUCCGGCGCCUCCAUCCAAUGGGACACCAUCUCCGACGGCUUCGAUGACGGCGGGUUCUCUGCAGCCGCCAGCAUUGAAGAUUAUCUCGAGACAAUGAAGAAGGCAGGCUCCAAGACCUUGGCCGAGCUCAUUAAACGCCACCAAGAUCAGGGCCACCCGAUCGAUGCGGUUGUGUACGAUGCCCUUAUGCCUUGGGCUCUCGAUAUUACCAAAGGCUUCGGCCUUGCGGCAGCUACGUUCUUUACUAUGCCAUGUUCUGUCAACCUCAUUUACUACUAUGUAGAUAGAGGCCUCCUUAGACUGCCGGUCCCGGACGCGUCGUAUCCCGUCAACCUUCCGAGCCUCCCGCCACUUAUGCCACCGGAUAUGCCUUCCUUCAUCUAUGUUCCGGAUUCUUACCCUCAGUAUCUUUACUUGCUGUUGAACCAGAUGCCGAAUAUUCAGGGAGCUGAUUAUAUUCUUGUCAACUCUGUUCAUGAGUUUGAACCUUUGGAAACAGAUGAAAUGUCCAAGAUUGGUCCAACAUUGUUGACAAUAGGACCAACCAUUCCAUCUUACUACAUAGACAAAGCCAAGGAAAAUGACAAAAAAUACGAGCUGGACCUCUUCCAAAUUGAACCAAAGGAGGCAUCGUUAACAAGAACAUGGCUCAAGACCAAACCAAAAGGCUCAGUCAUUUACGUGUCAUUCGGUAGUAUGGCUAAAUUAAACACAACCCAAAUGGCUGAACUAGCAAUGGGGUUAGUCGAAAGCAACUACUACUUCAUUUGGGUGGUCAGGGCUUCAGAAGAGGAAAAACUUCCAAAAGGGUUCGCACCCGAAAAAGGAUUGAUCUUGAAAUGGAGCUCCCAACUAGAAGUACUUUCAAAUGAAGCGAUUGGGAGCUUCUUCACGCACAGCGGUUGGAACUCGACGCUAGAGUCGUUGUGUUUGGGCGUACCGAUGGUGGCAAUGCCACAAUGGACGGAUCAACCGACGACCGGGAAGUACGUGGCGGAUGUGUGGAAGGUGGGAGUGAGAGUGAAGGUGGGUGAGGAUGGGAUUGUAGGGAAGGAUGAGAUCAAAGCUUGUGUAAAAGCAGUUAUGGAAGGAGAAAGGGCUAUUGAGUUCAAACAAAAUGCUUUGAAAUGGAAACAGCUUGGUUUAGGAGCACUUAGGAAAGGUGGUAGUUCAUCAAAGCAUAUUGAUGAAUUCAUUUCAGGGUUGAGGGACAAGAUCAUACCAAGUGUUUAAAGCCUCAUAGAUUUGGUUGGGUAUUGCUACAUCUAAUAUCUUAUGUUGGGUUUAAAAAGCUUUUCAUAUUUGUGUAAUGUCUUUGUUAUUUAAUAUUGGUUAAUGAAACAUGUUUUAUGGGUAGUAGGGAUGUGAAUCUACUUAGGGCCUUCAACUUUUAAGCUCUUGUCUUAUAUUAAUAAAAUAGCUUUAUAUUUUUGUGCAUUU